AUGGAAAUCGAACGAUCAUCCGGUAUAUUAGUCCACAUAUCGUCGUUACCAUCUUCAUAUGGUAUUGGUGAUUUGGGCCCAGAAGCCUACAAAUUUAUUGAUUUCUUGGUGGAAACACGACAAAAAAUUUGGCAAAUUUUACCCAUCACACCAACAAAGUUUCCAUCCCCAUAUUCAGGUAUGUCAGCAUUCGGUGGUCAUUGGUGGUUGAUUUCGCCUGAGAAAUUAGUUGAGAACAAUUUCUUAUCAAAAAAUGAUCUGAAAAUGAUCGAUCUAUCGAAAUUUCACGAUGAUUAUGUUGCUUAUAAAGCUGUACGAAAUUUGAAAGAAGAAUUAUUAGGAAAAGCCUAUGAACAUUUCAAGAUGAAUGAUAAAGAAGCAGAAAAUAAAUUGAAGAAUUUUUUCGAACAACAACGUUAUUGGAUUGAUGAUUUUACCUUAUUUCUGACAAUAAAAGAACAGUAUGAAAAUGGCACAUGGGCAGAUUGGCCUGAUUCUUUACGUCGUCAUCAAUCUUCGGCCUUAGAUCAAAUUCGUCAAGAGCAAAAAGAUCGAAUUCAAUAUCAUAUUUUUGUUCAAUAUGUCUUUUAUCAACAAUGGUUUGAAUUGAAGAAAUAUGCCAAUGAUCGACAUGUUAAAAUAGUGGGUGAUAUGCCUAUCUACAUCGAUUAUGAUUCAGUUGAUGUUUGGGCACAUACAGACUUUUUUCAAUUGGAUAAAAAUACUAUGCAACAAACAGUUACGGCAGGCUUUCCACCUGAUCAUGGUUUUCCAGUGCAACUUUGGAAUAUGCCCAUUUACAAUUGGAACGAUGAUAAUGUCAAACCUCGUUUAUUUGAUUGGUGGAUAGAACGUUUGCGCCAUGCAUUGAAUAUGGUCGAUAUACAGAGAAUUGAUCAUUUUCGUGGUUUAGAAUCGCAUUAUGCUAUACCAGUAGAUACAAAAACACAAAAACCAAACAUUUCAGAAGCACGAUGGAUAAAAACACCUGGUGAUGAAUUUCUUACGGCUAUAACUCGUGCUCUCGGCGCCGAUGUUCCAUUGAUCGUUGAAGAUAUAGGUGCUUUGACACCUGAAGUAUUGGAAUUACGUGAUCGUUUUAAAUUACAUGGUGUACGUAUUGCGCAAAAGGGCUUCCACUACGAUGCAGAUAAUAUGUAUGCACCACAUAAUUUUAUACCACGUUCAGUUGCAUAUACAGGUUCACAUGAUUAUCCGACAACAUUGCAAUGGUGGACAAAGGAAGCAUCAUCAAAAGAAAAACGUCAAUUUAUCGAUUAUAUUCGUCGUCCUAUUGAAGAUCAAAAUGAAUUAAUUAAUGGUAUGACAUUGGAAAAACAUGUUGAUAAAUAUGUUUGUUGGUAUUUAAUACAAUUGGUCAUGCAAUCAGCUUCUAAUGCAGCUAUUAUUCAAAUACAAGAUAUUUUAAAUGUGGAAACAAGAAUGAAUGAACCAGGAACUCCAUCUGAUAUGGAUCAUAAUGGUCCUCAAAAUUGGUCUUGGCGUUUUCAAUGGUCUCAAUUAACAUCAGAUAUUCGUACAAGAUUGAAAACAUUGACACAAAUGUAUGGACGAGAUUUGAAAUAUGGAAAAUCCAUUCCACCAGACGAUAUGGUGAUGAAAGAUUCAAAAUGUCUUAUACAAUAG